AGAGAGAGAGACUUUCAGCAUGCCUGCGGAUGAGUGGGUGGAGAUUCUGAUAGAUGUACCUGCGGCUCAGGAAUGCUCCCUUCAGUCAGUCUCACCUGGAGGAAGCUGUCGCUCGAGAUGCUGGGUCCAUACAAAUGGGCACUGCUGGCUGCUGUGGCUUCAGUCCUGGACAGGGUGGGCAGCUCGACGGAUCUCCACAUUCUGCAUGUGCAUUGCGACUGUAUCUAUCAGGGCCAGGAGCCUGUCAUAUCCUGGGAAGAUGCCUACGACGGAGAUACUAUAAUGUACUUCAACCUGACAAGGAAGGCCUUCGUAGCAACGCAGCCUUUUGCUCAAGGCCUGGCCGAUGGGAGGAACGCGAACCAGGACUUUGUUCGGUCUGUCCCUCAGCAGAUCGGCAGUUUGUGUGAGAAAAUUAAGGAAACUGCGACCUUAACGCACUUCAGCCAGCAGGAAAUAGCUCCCACGUCUGUCAGAGCCUUUAUCGAGGAGAGGCAGGGUCAGAGGGUCCUGCUGUGCGAGGUGAGGAAUUUCGCCCCCGCCGAGGUUAAAGUGAGCUGGGUGAGAGACGGAGCAGUUAUCACCGACGGCCGGGAGACAGUCAGCGUCGUCCCUCAGAGGAACCAGAUGUUCCAGGCCCGGAGUCACCUCACGCUGAGUGGGCAGGUGGAUGGCUCCUAUUUCUGUCAAGUGGAACACCAGGCCCUCAACGGGAAACUCCUCGUCCCGCUCGAACACGCCUGGACCAUCACAAGUGAAACUGCAUUGACCAUCAUCGGGGCAGUGCUGGGACUCCUGGGAUUGAGCUUCGCACUGGUCACUACCAUUCUCUACUGCCACCUCUUCCACCGUUGUUCCCGAGUCUGUGUUAACCCAACAGCAAAGUUCACCAAGCGGGAAGGAACGCUGUGUCGUUCCAAUCUGUGUAACAGCAGCAUCAGAUCAGACAGCUCAGCCAGUUCAAAUACCAGCACCACAUCAGCUGAUGAUUUAACCAAAACCCAUGCCUGACCUCCCGGUUAUCGCCAAUGGAUUCCGAGUGACAGCAGGAACUCACCGAUUUGUGGGUGGGGGGUGGCAGGUGGUGGUGGGAUUAGCACCGUGGCUGUUAAAGAUUUCACAGUGUUCACACAAUUCUCCCUUGAACCAUUAGACACACAACUCGAUUCCAAAAGUCCUUAUAAACACCCUUGAUGCCCCCACACUGAUAGACAGACACAGAGAGAAAACAUGGGUGGAGGGAAAGACAGUGGUUGGCAGUUCGUUGGAUGCAGUCCCCAGCAUUCACCAAUCUGCUCCUUUUUUUGUCAUGCCUUGGUCUGUCUCGAUCUCCCCUCUCUGGGGAUCUUCACUUGUUCACAAGAGGCACUGAGUGACUGGUUCACAUCUUAGAAAGUCUAUCAACUUACAGCAAGAAAGAGAGAUACAGGGAGAAAGAGAGGGAGUGAGAGGGAAGAAAGAGAGUGUGAAAGAGGUAGCACCUCCCUCUCUGGAACUCCAGAGCCUUCUGGCUAUAUCGUUCACUUCCACAAGCUGAACUAAGAGCCAAUCACAUAGCUGUUGGCAGGCAGGAAGCCUUCAAUCAUCAUUCCACAGACCAAUCAGCUACUUGUUGCUGGGUGAAUCUCCCUUGUGCACAUCCCUGAGCCCAGCUUGGCUGUGGUAACCUCUCCCCAGUGCCUGAAGAGCAGCUGUGUAAACAGCACUUACCAUGAGGGGAAUCUGCUAUUUUGAAAAUGUAGCCAUUCUUUCCACAGUUCCCAGUUUUUAAAACAAUCCUCUAGCUCAUCCUUCCCAGAUCCAUCCACAACUUUUAACAUAAAGUCAAGUAAAAACGCUGUGAGUUUGACAGUGUGCAGGAUUUCCAAAUGUAAACACAGUUGGGAACAGCGCUGAGGGAGUGCUGCUCUGUUAUGGGUGCUGUUUUGGUUAAGAUGGGGUCUAUUCAUAACAGAGGGAAAGGUUCUCGCACCCUUCUGUAAAGUUUCUCACAGGUUCAUAAACCCACACUGCUCCCUCUGUCAGUUAUACCCAAUAAAGUUAUGUUUUUAACAA